AUGGUCGUCGACAGCGAUGACGAAGAUGAUGAGCUGAAAGACAACAAAAAGGAGGUGCGUACCAAGACCGUUCACUUUGAUGCAUCCGCAAUCCCGAGUCGGUCCACAAUUGAUGAAGUCGAGGAGCUCGCGAAAUGUAUGCAUGCACUGAAGGUCGAUGAUGCGGCCUACUCCGGCUGCUAUACCCAUCUGGUCUGUCUUGCUCCUGCCACUGCGAGUGCUUGGACUCCGCUGUCGAUGCAUCAACAGGCAUCAAUGCCAUCUGCUGGUGCUCCUCCCCCAUGCCGUACUUGGAACUACACGACACCUUCUACAGGCCACGUGCACUCGACACGUUGCUGUUUCUUCUGUGGUCAGCCAGGCUGCACGAUCGGAAACUGUCCUACCAAAUGGGCAUAUGUGCAAGCAGGAUGGAUCAUCAUUGUAGGGCAUACUCACAUGUUCACCGACCACUCACCUAUUCCGUGGAAUGAGCGAGGCCUUAAGUUUUCAGUUGAUGAGCGGUUUGGCGGUCCUCUCCCUUCAAUGAUGACCCCUGCAGCUCCAGCUUCCGCAGCACCCAAGCCGCCGAGUUCUACUCCUGUCCGCGAUGUGCCACCACACCAAGCGCAAUUCACGUCUUGUCUCCUGGUUUGCGAGCCCAUUGCGGAAAGCAACGCCGUCAUAGCCAAUGUCGAGGGCCCUGUCAAGGAGCUACGAGAACCUUUAGUUGCAGCCACCAAGAGCGACAAAGACAAGAAAAAUCCCCCUGAGAAUGAUGGACGCAAGACUCGAGCAACUGACCAUAGUAACCGACCAUGCACGUGA